CGACGAUCCACUCUUGCCACGGCUGAACAAUAAAUUUCUUUACUACACCAGUCUUCAUCAGACAAUGUCAAUAUCAAUAUCUCAUUCCCAUUCCAUAUCCCAUAUCGAGUACAGGAAUACAUAAUUUAUAACGAUUCACGAAAGUAAGGAAGUGACGAUGGAGGGGAUGCUAGAUGAAUCCCAGCCGUUACUGGGUCACGUCGUCGAAUACGAAUAUACGACGACCGAGAACCCGAUUGUGGAUUUUAAUAGGAAGGGGAGGGAUGAGGAGAAUCCUAUGGAUUGGAGUCCGGCGUAUAAGAGGGGGAUUGUGCUUUUACUUGCUUUUAUGGCUUUUACUGUGUAGGUGAAAUUCUUUGUCACUUUUAUAUCUCAUACCGCGUCACCUUGUCUGAAUUUCACUUCCCCCCUCCCCCGGGUCAAAAGAAUGGAUAAAGAUGAGAGGAUGUGAUAUCUAACUUCAAAAAAUAGGACAUUCACGUGUAUAGGCGUAGUCCCCAUCGCCGACAAAAUCAUUCUCAAUCUUGACGGCGCUGAAAACACAUCCUCCUCCAUCCUCCUAGUCUCCAUCUGGGAGCUGGGAGAAGCCUUCGGGCCACUCCUCAUCGCCCCUCUUUCAGAGAUCUAUGGCCGCUACCCAAUCUUCAACAUAGCUAACAUCCUCUUCAUCAUCGCCACCGCUCUCUCAGCAACAGCAAGCUCCUCAAAAACGCUCAUCUUCGCAAGAUUCCUAACAGGUUGCGCAACAGCUUCUAACGUCCUCAACCCAUCCAUCAUCGCAGAUAUCUUCCCUGUGGAAGAGCAAGGGAAAGGCAUGAGUCUCGUCAUGCUCGCCCCUCUCCUCGGCGGCGCAAUAGGCCCCGCACUAAGCGGUGCCAUCGCCGAGCGAUUCGGAUGGCGAAUCGUGCUUUGGGGUUCGGCGGUGGUAGCCAUCAUCUGCGAACUCUUCUUCUUCUUCCUCUUUCGGGAGACGUAUAAAGUUCCCAUUCUGCAACGUCGGGCCGCUCGCUUACGCAAGGAAACCGGGAAUGCGAACUGGAAAUGUGCGUGGGAAGGAGAUUCGGAUGCUUCGUCCUCGGGAUGGAGAAUCCUGUGGACGAGUGUGAAGAGACCGCUCAGUGUGUUGAGGAGCUCGGUGGUGCUGCAGAUUAUGAGUUUUUAUGGGGGUCUGACGUUUUCUUCUUUUUAUAUCUUGGCUACGACUUUGCCGAGGAUUUUAAGUCGGGUUUAUGGGUUCUCGCCUGCGUUGGUGGGUAGUUCGUUUCUGUGUUUUAGUAAGUCCCCCCUUCUCCCCCCUCUUUNGAGGAUUUUAAGUCGGGUUUAUGGGUUCUCGCCUGCGUUGGUGGGUAGUUCGUUUCUGUGUUUUAGUAAGUCCCCCCUUCUCCCCCCUCUUUCCUCCUAAUCUAUAUACCAACAACACCCCCCAGGCACCGGCGCAACCCUAGGCGUAACAAUCUCCAACCUCUUCUCCGACAAAAUCUACCUCACCCUCGGCACGCGUCCGCACCACCACCCCGUCCCCGAAUACCGCCUCCCCCUCAUGAUCCUGGGCGCCAGCCUCAUGCCCUUCGUCGCGGCCCUCUACGGCUGGACACCCCACGCCCUCUGGUCCGUCUCGCUCAUUUUGUUGGCUGCCGCCCUCCUCGGCACCAUCAUGAUGCUCAUCUGGGUGCCCCUCUCGCUGUACGUCGUCGAGAGCUUUGGACUCUACUCUGCGAGUGCGAUGACGAUGGUGCUUGUUGCGCGCUGUCUGGGUGGGACGUUGUUGCCGCUUGGGAUCCCGCCGUUGACCGGGAGGUUGGGGAUUGGACCGGGGUUUUUGGUGUUGGCGGCGGUGUGUGGGGUUUUGAUCCCCGUGCCGGUUGUGGUUAUGAGGUGUGGGGGAGUGUGGAGGAGGUGGAGUAGGUUUAGUAGAGGGGAGUAG